AUGUUGUCGUCGGAUCCUUAUCCACCCACCGCUCACUUUGCUGCAACCAAGUAUCAGCGACCAGAAGGAAUCGCACCUCCCGAGACAUGGCAUACUCAGAACAGUCACCGCCUGGGCCUCCAGUCCACUACCAUGCCCUUUCAGCUGCAUCUUCACCCCCCCGAAACGGACAGAGAUGGCCUCAGCACUUCGCCCACAGGCCAACCGAAGAAUGCUGAGCCGCAUACCUUUGGACAAGGUUAUAGCCUGAAUCAAUGGUCGUUUAUGAAAGAGACCGUCGGUUGGAGUGUUUGCCUCGCCGACCUUGCUGCCAUUGCCUUGCCGACUGCUUUCCUUAUCGUCGCAAUCUGGGUGCUGCUUCUGGAUGAGAAACCCAUUGAGAGCCUCGCUCUUCAAAGAUGGCAAAAUGCAAUCACAGCGUUGGCGACGGCGUUUCCCAUCAUCUUUGCCUUGACAGUCGGCCGUCUCGUCUAUGAGAGGGCUCGAUGGAGGCCUGAAAAAGGAGCUACGCUUGGCUCGCUCGAGCAACUGAUCGGCAGUCGGACCUUUGGAUCUACCAUUGUCACACUACGACACCAUCGGGCCUCGAUAACCCUCAGCAUCGUGUUGGUCUUAGUCUGGACCCUCUCACCGCUUGGUGCGCAGUCCAUGUUACGAAUGCUUGAAUCACGCCUUGAGCCACGGGUCCAGGACUCAACUGUCAUACACUUUGAUACUGAUGCUCCAACCCAACAAUCAUGCAUGAUGCCAUCCACUCGUGACGGCUCAGCGGGUUUGGCUGCUAUGGUAUCUUAUGUGAGGACUAUGUUCGGUGCCGUGUUGCUUUCGCCAUCAACCACCAAGCUCGAUUCGAUGGAUAUCUGGGGAAAUUUCAAAGUCCCCAUCUUGAAUUCAGCUAGUAUCUCGGUGGGCAAUAAGACGUUUCAUCUCGAAUCAAGUUACGUGGAUCUUAGCUGCAGCAACAUCAGCAAAAGUGCGACCUUUACACAGGAUGUCACCUUCGAUUGGCAAAACUGGAACUCGUUUCCACUUCAAAAUGGGACCUGGUACGGUUUCAAUACGUCCAGCACUCUAGACCGAUCUUCUGCGCCUUGGGCCAUAGCAUUGGAUAGGUUCGUCGAUGACUUCUGGAGCGGCUUUGGUGUUCACUCGCAUAGAUCUAAGCAGAACAUGUACUGCAGACCAGCCCUAUUCAAGAAUGAAACUGGGAUAGAUGCGGGACUGUCGAGGCUUUACUUCCAGGCUAAGCUCGGUGCUUCUGAAGCUUUGUCCUCGGCCGGACUCACGGCCUAUUGUGAUGUUCACCAGAGAUACGUUGAAUCCCGAGUCACCUGCCGGCCGUCAGAUAUGGGGGGACAGCAGAAUUGCUCUGUCACCGCCCAGCGAGCGUCACAACGGUCUCAUCCCCCUGACUCGAUAUCGCAUUUGUCCAUCCCUUGGGUUUUCCGGUAUAUUUCAAGAGAAAUACCGUUGACGACGGCACCGCAAAACUCUGCUCACCCGGGGUUUAUUUUGCAGUACCUGGACAAUCCGGGCAUUGGAAAUUUCACCAUGAUUCAGCAACAGCGCAUGUUCGAGCACGUUGAUGCCGACCUCUUCAGCCGACGACUCAGCCAAGUAAUCAACACGUACAUCCUCCUGAGUCAAAUGUUCCUUCAAGCAACGGGCGUCAGCGCCGAGUCUGCUGGUACGACAGAUUGGAACGUGGUCGCUCCGGCCCAAGUCAGUACCUUGAUCGAGACCUUUUCGGUUCCACGACUGUGGAUUGGGUUUUGCCUUCUGUCGUGUCUGAUUCUCCUAAUCUAUGGGGUUCUGAGCGCGAUCCUGACGCGGCUCUCAGCUAGACCAGACAUUCUAGGCUACGCCUCCACACUCAUCCGCGACUCGAGGUACAUCGACACACCGCAAGAGGUGGGUAGAAUGGAGGGAGCUGACGUUUUGAGGAAGAUGGGGGACCUACGGAUCAGGUAUGGGUUCGUCCGGGAAAGCCCAGAGGGACAAAUCAGAAGUCGAGUUGGGCUGCAAGAAGAGACGCAGCCACUCAAGCUCCACCGCGGUUAA